UUUUACUUAAAAAGCAAUUCAAUGCUCACUUGUGACCUUGGUUCAUAGAAUUCUCGGUACGGACGGUUCUGCCGAACCGCUAACCGAACGUUGCGAUUGGUUGGGCAAAACCCCAGAGGGAGGCUCGUCUUCGACCCGCAACAGAAGCAAAAAAAAAGCAAACUGCCUUCUGGGAAUUUUUGGUUUUUUCGCUCCGGCCGGCACGCACAUGCGCGCCUUCACAGUGAUGGCAGUGACGUCAGGGUAAAUUACCGCCAAAUGUGCCAGGGGUGUACGGUCAGAGGCCACAGGCCCGUUUGCUUACCCGUUUUUUUUCCCAGAGUACCUGAUCUGUUUCGAAUACCUCUUUUGCCGUGAGGCCACCGAUAAUUUAAACCAACUUCGCUUGCUACCUCGAACACGGCGUGUCAGUGCCGUUGGGUUUUAUUUUUCCGGCUUCUUCUUCUUUUGGCACGCAUGCAAACGUCAACGUGGAAAGGCUUGGCAAAGUGUUUUUUGGCCAUCUGCUGCCGCGUCGAUAAACCGGAUUGUGGUGCGGUAGAUGGUCCCGGUUUCCUUCGCCGGAUUGCUGCAGUGAAGUUCCUGUGUGUCUCAGUAGGCUGCGGAGGGUGUGCAGACGGACGGCGGCUCCGUCGGUCAGCCUCAGCGGACCACACGUGCACAUUAUGCAACGUGCGUGAGCUGGUCGUCGGUACGUAACACGCUGAGACUUCGACUCUCGUGAGAAGAACGCUGCCGUACGGUCAGGAAACCGUGCGAUCGCGAACUUGUGUGCAGUGUCGCGGCUCAUCCGGAGGUGGCCAACCACCCCACGGUGAUACUCAUCGAUCGAUCGUGACCAGGUGUAGCAGACCAUCGGCGAUUUGUGUGUUUCGCUCAAGAAGCAUCCGGUGGCCAGGCUGCAUUGAACGAUGGCUGCAUUGGAACGUAGCAAAUUGAUCGGUGUCAUCGAUGAGGGCACUAACACUGCUCGCUUUGUGAUAUUUAAACUACCAGAGUUUGAGGAACUGUGUUCGCAUCAGGUACGCAUUACCCAGAUAGUGCCACGGGAUGGGUGGUCGGAGCAGGACCCACGGGAAGUGCUGGAAGCAGUGCGGCUCUGUAUGGCCGAGGCUUGCCUGCAAAUGGAAAAGCUUGGCUACCUGGCGAAGGACAUUGCGGCGAUCGGUAUCACGAACCAGCGGGAAACGAUGGUUGUCUGGGAUAAGAACACCGGUGAACCGCUUUAUAAUGCAAUCGUUUGGAACGACAUACGGACAGCGGAAAUGAUCGAUGCCGUUUUGGCGCACCAGCCCGACCAAAGCCCCAGUAACUUCCGCACCAUCUCGGGGUUACCGAUUUCACCGUACUUUUCGGCGCUCAAGCUGAAAUGGUUGAAGGAAAAGGUGGUGGGAGUGCGGAAGGCAUGCCGGGAGAAGCGCUGUUAUGCGGGCACUAUCGACGCUUGGUUGUUGUGGAAUUUAACAGGCGGCACUAACGGUGGCUCAUUUAUGACCGACGUCACGAACGCUUCCCGGACGAUGCUGAUGAACAUCGAAACGCUACACUGGGACCCGCAGCUGACCAAAUCGUUCUCCGUGCAUCCGGACAUGCUGCCCGAGAUCCGCAGCUCAUCGGAGAUCUAUGGGUACAUCAAGGAUAGUUCGGUGCUCGAUGGUAUUCCAAUCAGUGCCAUACUGGGUAACCAGCAGGCAAGUCUGGUCGGGCAGAGGUGUCUGAAGGAGGGCCAGGCCAAAAAUACCUACCGGAGAGGCUGUUUCUUGCUGUACAAUACUGGCACGAGGUGUGUACAAUCACAACACGGUCUUGUUACGACGGUGGCCUACAAGAUGGGUCGCGAUGAACCACCGGUGUAUGCGUUGGAAGGCUCGGUGGCCGUCGCCGGUGUGGCAAUGAACUGGCUCAAGGAUAAUCUCGAAAUGAUCAAGGACAUUCCAGUUGACUCGGAGAAGAUGGCUGGCAGCGUUUCGUCAACGGGCGACGUUUACUUCGUACCUGCGUUCACCGGGUUGUAUGCGCCCUACUGGCGGAAGGAUGCUCGUGGCAUUAUUUGUGGUUUAACCAGUUUCACCACCAAGCACCACAUCGUCCGGGCUGCCCUGGAAGCGGUAUGCUUCCAAACGCGAGACAUUAUCGAGGCUAUGAAAAAAGACUGCGGCAUAAACCUUAACAAGCUACACGCGGACGGUAGCAUGUCGAACAAUGGACUAUUGAUGCAACUGCAGGCGGAUCUAAGCGGCAUUCCUGUGUUGAAAACGGAAGUGCACGAUCCCGCCGCCCUCGGUACGGCUAUGGCUGCGGCACAAGCGAAAGGCAUCGACUUGUACAACCUGAACGCGGACAGUCGAGGCCACACGGGAAUACAUUCACACCAUGAGACGUUCCUUCCCACGACGACGGAAGAGGAACGGAAUGCCCGGUACACUAAGUGGAAAAUGGCCGUUCAGCGGAGUUUAGGAUGGGCAGUGACGAAGAAGAGCGAAGCAAUGACGGACGAACGAUACAGCUUACUGGCAUCGAUACCAGCCGGCCUGUUCCUGGCGUCAGCGUUCAUAAUGUUAGUUCUAUCGGAACGGCGGUGAUUGAUGCGUGUGCGGGCGUGCUGACAGCAGGGACCUAGUCUAUUGUUCGAUAUGACCACAAAACUGCAUAAUUUUCACUCCGAAAAUGAUUACAGCAGGAUUGUGUUGGACAUUAUCGUACGGUACGGUGCUAUAUAGAGUAGCGGCACAACAGAAACUUUAAGUGAAACACAGCUGAUCGUACAAUAAAAGUACUUAGGAAACGUUCCCACGAGAAGCUAUCAAGUCUGACGGAUCGAUUCAGGAUAUUGAUCAACUGCUGCUACAAGAGAAACAAAUAUUCCAGGCAAAUCAGAUUAUUACCCUAAACAAGUGCUAAAAUGAAGCCUAUCUAACGUAGUGUAAAAUCGUUAGUUAUCGCUUUCCGGGGAGAUGGUUUAGUGUUGCUUGUUUACUAUAUUUAUUAGCCGUUUUCGUUACUUUAUACAAGAGUGCAAUAAUUAGUUCUUUUUGCACAGGGCACAAAUCCAACUGAAGACAUUUGACUAUAAGUAUCAUGUUACGACGAUAUAGAAUGUAUUAAACUAGCUUCAAUAAAAAAA